GAUAAAAUUAAUUAGUCAUGGAAAAUAAUGGAUAAAAUGAAAGUAGAUUUUACUAAUCAAGGUUGAACGAAUUUGAAAUGGAAAAAAAUAAUAAUUAACCAAUAGAUAUACUUUAUUUACAAAAAACUAAAAACUAAUCAUAAAAAAUGGAAGAAUAAUCUAACUAUUCGGAUGACGCAUAGCUCUUAGAUAAAAAUAAAAAUUAAAAAUCUUAAACAUAGAAAAGUACUCACAGAUUAAAGAUGUUUAUAGCUUUUUUAAGUGGAGCAACCAUUGUUGGGGUUUAUUAUUGUUUUGAUCAACCAGUUCCUAUCCACGAUAAUGUUAGAGAUCGCUUUAAAGAAAAGCUAAAUAUAGACGAUGAUUAAUUUGAAGUUUACUACAAUAUUUUAUAUGGUUGUUUUUCUUGGCCAAAUAUAGUACUUCCUUUUUUUUCUGGUUUUGUUGCUGAUAAAAUUGGAAGCAGAAAGGUUCUAGUAUUUUUAACUUCUUGUGCUCUUAUUGGGUCUUUUAUUUUUUACAUAGGAUAUUAAUAGAUUAUAUUUGGAUUAAUGAUUGCAGGUAGAGCAACAAUUGGUAUUUGUUUAGGAUCUAUAUUUUCAUUAUUAAGCUAUUUUAUAAGUUUUUAUUUUUUUGGUGGAUAUUUAUCAGUAAUUAUGUCUGUUUUAUUGGGUCUGGCUAACUUUUUUGAUAGUUUGAAUGUUUCAAUUACUCCAACUAUAAUAGAUUAUGCUAGUGGUAGUGUUGCUAUUUGGAUUGCAAUUAUCACUUGCUCAUUUUCUUUUAUUAGUUCUAUAUUACUUGCACUUUUAGAUUAUUAUAUUGAAUAAGACAUAAAAAAAAAUUAGUAAGGAGAUUUUAAAGAAAUUGAGAGCUAGCAAACAAAGAAAGAUACAUCUUUAACUUAGCUUUUUAUAAAUAUAAAAUAGUUACCUACGCUUUAUUGGCUAGUACUUUCAUAUACUGUUCUUAGUCUUUGGAGUAUACUCCCAUUUUUUGGUAAUUCAACAACCAUUUUUAGUGAAAAUUAAUAUAAUGGAGACAGUGACAGUAAUUAAAAGAGUUCAUUAGCAGCUUCUAUGCUUUGGUAUUUAGUUUUACCAUUAGGUCCAACGAUAGGAUAUAUGUUAGAUAAGUUUGGGCACAGAAGCAAGGCUUCUAUAGUUGCUGGACUUCUAUCAGGCUCAGCAAAUUUAAUGGUUUUCAACCUUAAUCCUUACAUUCCAAUUAUAAUGAUGAGUUUAAGCUUUUCUACUUUUAUGAGUUCAUAUUGGAGCUAAGUUUCCUAUAUUGUCAAAAAAGAAAUUGCUGCUAGUGCAUAUGGAUUGGUAAUGACUGGUAAAUUUGGAGGGCUUGCAGCUUUAACUGCUAUAUUUGGGUAUAUGAGGAGUCAAUUAGGUACAUAUUGGUAUUCAUAAAUAAUAUUGAGUAUUUUUGGAUUUACUACUAGUAUAAUAGCAUUUGUCAUAUUCCUUGUUGAUAAAAAAGCUAACUUUGGUAAACUCGAAAAACCAAAAGUUAAAGAAGAGAAUUAACAACAAAAUGAAGUUGAAUAAUAAUGAAAUUAUUUCAACAAUCUAAUAAUAAAUAAUUUAUUUAUAAAAUUUUAUUAAUAAGCAUAUUUAAAAUAGAUUUAAUUAUUUUCAUUUAUUCAAUUUUAUAAUUUUAUUGUAUAUUUAUUUAUAUCUAUCUAUCUAUCUAUCUAUCAAAUAUAUGAAAUAGUUUC